GGACGAGUGAGUCACUAAUCCCAGCGCUUCUGCAACGACCUGCCAUGACCUUCACCUCUGCCCUGGAGCCAGCCAGGAGAGAGUGAGGCGCCUCAGCCAGACCCUCCGGGGUCAGUGACCCCGCAGCAGAGUAAAUCCAAGCUCAAAUCCUCACACACGUGAGGAAGAGGAGGAGGAUGAAGCCGGGGAAGUGGGUCAGCCGAGACGCUCCGUGAGGUCCGGCCGGGGAGGCCCGGGACCAGCCAGUGGUGACGUCCAACCCGCCGACCUCUACGGACUCAGGCCGGGCGGGCGGGCGUACGGGCGAUCAGGGAAUCCGCUGGACCUAGCUGGCAGAUGCCACUGACAGGAUGACGCCAGCGCGGCGAGGGCCGCGGGGUAAAGACGGAUUAUGUCUGAGCAGCAGAUAAACAGAUUAUUCCCGAAACGGUGCCUCCUUUUUUAACCCCGUCCCUCAGAAGGCACAUGCAGCCACUCGCCGCCCCACAAGUCCCGUCCAGUCUUCUGUCGGCGCGCCAUGAGCCGCACCUGAGCCGGAGGUCGCCGCGUCCCCGCCGGAUCUGCUCUCAGCCCACACGCUCGGGACCGCCGCCAUGCUGUGGGAGCUGGGACUCGCGCUGCUGCUCGCCGUGGCUCCGCAGGCCGCCGUCAUCCAGGAAGGCAGCGGCUGGCCGGACCAGAACCAGGAGGGUUCCCUCCGUGCGGCUCCGCUCCUGACGGUGCCGGCGCUCAGGAAAGGACCUGGUUUUGAAGUGGGUCGACGUCGGGCCAGGAGGUCCGUCUUCCUGCACUCUGGAGUGAAGAUCUGCCCGCAGGAGGGCCUGGCCGACGUGCUGGCCAGUCACCAGGCCUACUACCAGCUCAGAGUCUGUCAGGAGGCUGUGUGGGAGGCCUUCAGGAUCUUCCUGGACCGGAUCCCGGGCACGUCCGAGUACCAGAGGUGGGUCCACGCCUGUCAGCAGGAGUCGCUGUGCAUCUCAGACCUGGCCAAGAACUUCAGCAGCUCGGAGGAGCACCGCACCAUGAUCCAGAGGAGGAUGGACCGGGUCAGAAACCGCGGGCAGACGCCGCCACGACCAGAGUCAAGUCCCGAGGCUGCUGACGGCGCCACCAGCAGCUCAGUCACCAGCUCCACGACCCUCGUGAUGCCCACCAGCACUUCUCCCAGCUUGGACCCACCGGAACCAGCAGCAGGGGACGAGGAGGACGCCCAUCAGACGGGAGAGACCACAGCAGAGGUGGACUCGGACCUGCCCAACCUGGUUCCAGAAGGUCCGCUGCAGGAGAUGCUGGAGUUCACCAUCGACCUGGUGGAUCCGGGCUACAGGGAGCUGCUGGACGACCCGGACUCUCCUCAGUACCUGGACCUGGCUCAGCACCUGCAAGACCAGAUGCAGCACGUGUUUGACAAGCUCCAGGGCUUCAGGAGCAUCAAGGUCCUGGGGAUCAGGGAGAUGCCGGACUCUGACGGUGGUGGUGGAGGAAUCACCGUCCACUACUCGCUGCUCUUUGAGAACAACCUGCCCAAGAUCCUGCCCGGGACUGAUCCCGACGCUCAGGACGCUACUCACGGCGCCACGCUGCGAGCUCUGGUGACCGAAGCUCUGAGGGAGGAGGCGUCGCUGCCCGUCGACCUGGACUCACUCAGCUUCUCAGCAGACCAUUUCUCAUCGACGUCCACGGAGGCAGGAGGACCCAGUGGUCCGGGUGGUCUUCCACAGUCCAGCCAGCCAGACUCCCACAACGAGCUGGACUUGUCCACGGAGGAGCCGGCGGCGGAGAGGCCACGGCUGGAGGAUCCCAUGACCCCCAUGGAGAAGGGAAACGCCCUGUUGACCUUGCUGGACGCCACAGCCACCACAGACGCUGCCAAGGGGGUCACGGACGAGUCGCAGCCGACGGGCGAACUGGAGCCCAUGGAUGAGGAGGAGCUGAUCAUCACUCACCAGGUGCAGACCAUCCACCACAGCCAGACCGGGGAGCUGGUGAGGGACUACAUCCCGACGCCACCGGCGCCGCCGAUCCUCCAGCUGGAGACGCUGGCGCCGCACGUCACCUUGUCUCCCAACCUCAUCUCAGAGGAGGACCUGACUGCUGUGGAGGACACCACUAAAAGUCCCGGUCCAGGAGCCACAUCCACGGCCGGCGAACCCGACCCAGACCUGCCAGUCACCAGGCUCUCCAGCAUCACCGGGCAGCCCACCAUCCAGACGUUCCAGGAUCUCCUCCAUGAUGGAGUCAAUCCUCUUCCAGACCAGGACGAUGAGCAGGAGGAACCCCACGGCCUGGAGGUGGAAGUGUCCCCCUCAGGUGAAGACCUUCUGGUGGAACCAGGGGAGGCUUCAGAGGCUUUGGACCUGGGGGAGGUGGCAGCCGGCACCAGAGAGGACUUAGCAGUUGAGGUUCCCCAGAUUGAGUCUGAAGACUAUGACCCCGAACCAGAGAGUAGUUUAGAAGAGAUUCUGGGUCCAAGCCAGAAGCAGGAACCACAGACUGUGGAGCCGGUGGAAAGCGCUAAAGGACCAGGCAAAUCUUCACCCAACACGUCAGAGGAAACGUUUUCCGAAUCAGCCAGACCGGUACCAGAAAUCUCCAAAACACUAGAGGAACCUUCAGUCGGACCCUCAGACACAUCUGUUCUUGAAACUGUAACGGCCUCCAAGGAACCGACACCCACGGUUCCUGAGGAACCAGUGCCAGGUCCUCACCCGGAGGAGGAAGUGGUCCCAGUCGAGCAGACUGAGGAGGAGGCUCCUGGAAGUGUGUCCUCAGCCAGUGGAGCUGCAGACCUCCUCAAACCAAUAGCAGAGCUGGGACCAGCUCAGGGGGCUUCAGCAGAAACGGCGGUGAUGCCUGAGGCAUCGGAACCAGCGGAGGAAGCCACUGUUUCUCCAGCACCAGAAGAGGAAGCAGCAGAGGAAGCUGAAGCCACCGAGGCUCUGAUCCCUCCUGAAGAGUCUGAGUCAGCCGGAAUCCCAGAGGAGAGCACGGGUCCCACUGUCCAACCUGAAGCUCCCACGACCCACCCGCCUGUCGAGUCCAUCAAAAUCCUUCCUCCCUGGAGGGAUUUGGAGGUUCCUCAGCUGGGAGACGAGACUCCUCAGACGGCGGACAACACCCUGCUGCUCCCACCUAUGGAGGAGCCUCAUGAGGAAGAGAACCUGCCGCCAGCACCAGUCGACGCCGGGCCGUCGGAGGAGGUGGCACCAGAGUACGACGUCGGGGAUACGUACGUUGGGCCGGGGGCCAUCACAACCAUUGGAGGAGGCCCCACCAUCGAAGCAGCUGCGGUGGACUCGUCUCAGGACUCGGUCACAGACUCCCCAGGUCCCACACCAGCGAGAGCCACAGUCGGGGCCCAGACUCCUUCACCGGGGCCAACCAUCGACUCCGGCCUGUUCGAGGUGGAGCCGCUCGCUCCUUCAGAAGAAGGGGAGUCGGACUCCAGCGAACCUGCCGUGGUCGUUAUCGGGGAAGACUUGGAGACAGGGGGUGACAGUCAAACGAGUCCCAGGACGACAGCUGACACCGUCGACGACGCAGUGAGGGACCUGGCGGUGGAGCUGGACCAGGCCGAGGGGACGCAGGACGAAGGCAGCGCCUUCCUGUCUGUCACCGAGGACGUGGUGGCGGUGACGGCACUGCCGCCCGUCCGAUACCUGACCACUCCCUCCAUGACCACGGCCAGUCACGGCAGAGAGCUGGUGGUCUUCUUCAGUCUGCGUGUGACCAACCUCGACUUCUCUGAGGACCUCUUUAACAAGACCUCGCCCGAGUACAGAUCCCUGGAGAACACCUUCCUCGAUGUGCUGCUGCCGUACCUGCAGGCCAACCUGACCGGCUUCAGGAACCUGGAGAUCCUCAACUUCAGGAGGGGCAGCGUGGUGGUCAACAGCAAGAUCAAGUUCGCCAAGACGGUUCCAUACAACAUCACUGAGGCCGUCCACUGCGUCCUGGAGGACUUCUGCUCCGAGGCGGCGCAGCGGCUGCACAUCCAGAUCGAUGCUCACUCGCUGGACAUCGAGCCAGCUGACCAGGCCGACCCCUGCAAGUUCCUGGCCUGCGGCAACUUCUCGCGCUGCCAGGUGAGCCGCCGCACGAGAGAGGCCCAGUGUGCGUGUGAGCCAGGCUUCCUGUCCGUGGACGGCCUUCCCUGCCAGAGUGUCUGCGACCUACAGCCGGGCUUAUGUGGCCCAGGAGGGCACUGCCACGUGGUCCCAGGACGUGGGGCCCAGUGCAGACACAAGUCGCCCCAGGACUUGGGGGCUGGAAGCAUCUGGACAGCUGGCCGCACCUGAGCCCUGGGAUCUCGGGCCUCUGAGGGACAACAUCAGGACGGCUGCCCCGGGUCGACCCUCCAGCCUGGACCUCGACUGAGCCACUGGGGAUUUGCUCCGGACCGGCCGGAGGAAAUCUUUGGACAAUGUCCUGUGUGUGAAAGUACUUGGCGGCCCAAACACAGAGGGAUAUUUUUGUAUUGUUUAAGUCUAUCGAUGUUUCAGGUGUUUACGCCUAGACAGGAACGUAGCGUCGCUAACCUAGCCGAGGUGCUCCGUCUCUCCACCUCAGCGCGGAGCACAUCCAGUUAGAAGUAGAGUCGUACUUCCCACCGGCUGCUCUUCUUUCGGUUGGCCCCCUGCUGGCCAGUGAGAGAAUGCAGUCAUGAGGCACUUACCCAUGAGUGUUGACGUCUGGUCCUGAGCCGCCAUCUUGCUUAUCCCCGUGUUAGCGUAGACCUCCUGACCUCCAGUGGCGGGUCGCUCCAUUGUUAUGUCACAACUGCAUCUCAUUUGCGCUGGCGAGAGUCCAGCAGGUGGCGCUAGCUGCAGCCGCAGGAAGGUGGAACCCUGGUGGUUUAUGUAGUCGUGUCUAUAGUUGGAGUCCUCCGGUGAAAACUACACCGACGGCUGCUUCUUUCUGAAGAUUUGGGGGUUGGGGGAGGAGCCAGGGGAGG